AUUUCGUUUGGGUAGGGCCUCUUAUACAUCGUCUGGGCGUGGCAGGAGCGUGGCUGAACCCUGCCAACCAGUUUCAAAUAUUGAGCAUCUCCUUCACAUUCUGGCUGCCAAUUUUCUGCGAACAGCUGGCCUAUGACUUGUCAUCACUCCAGAUCUUCCUAUCACAGAAUUAGGGCCGGAAGUAUUGAGGAGCUAGAUUGAGGAUUCAGGUCCCUCCCCAGCCACAGAGGACUCGCACUGAAGGGUGGCUGGGGGGCUCUUGGACUUUUGUGACAGAAGGCAGCACCCCCUCAGCAGAAUCAUGGUCAUGAUGCAUGCUCCUGUAUCGCUGAGCUGCAGCAGCGCUCUCAAGGCCUGCUUGGAAUCCAGCAUGGCAGCAAAACUGAGUGAGACGGUGGCAGUGGCCGCGCAUGCCUGCCGGGACUCGCUGCUGCGAGCAGAGACCCUCAUCCAGCUGGGGCUCAUACCUAAGCCCCACUCGCAUACCCAGCGCGUGCCUCACAUCCGGCAAGUGUUCAACUGGGAUUGCGGGCUGGCGUGCGUUCUCAUGGUGCUCAGAGCGGCAGGGAUCCACAGCGAGGACUUCAGCUCCCUUCGCAACCUCUGCUCUAUCACCAGCAUUUGGACUGUGGACUUGGCGUACCUGCUGCGGCGCUUUGGGCUGGAGGUGGAGUUCACAACGAUCACCAUCGGCGCCAAUCCGGAGUACGCCAAGGAAUCCUUCUACAGGGAGCACAUGGCCGAGGAUGGCUCGCGCGUGGAGCGCCUGUUUCAGGAGGCGGCAGCGGCAGGGAUCACGGUGACGCGCAGGAGCGUGAGCUGUGCGGAGCUGAAGGAGCGCAUGCUGGCUGGCAGCGCACUUGUCAUUGCUCUCGUGGACAAGACGCGUCUUGCAGGCCACUCCGUGCCGGCCAUGCAAGCACCUCCCAUCAGCCCCGGCCUUGCCUCCCGCCUGGGAUUGGCGCCGUCAUACACAGGGCACUACAUCGUGAUCUGCGGCUACGACCCUGCGACGGACCGCUUCGUGAUCAAGGACCCGGCCAGCGCGGCUGAGAUGAACAGCGUCCCCUGUGCCAGCCUGGAGGCCGCGCGACACGCCUACGGCACCGACGAGGACCUGCUGCUUGUCACUGCGCCCUCGAGCCCAUCCCUCAGCUCGUCUGUGGUCAAUUUCUGA